UUGAAAUCACUGCUGCUUUGCACAGACAUUUCUCAGCUCGUUGUUAUUAUUAUUUUUAUGGAAUUCACAAACCGUACUUAAUGAACACCUCACUCAACUCCGCGGGCGGCAAGCGACAACUGCGCUUUCGCGGCGACGUUACCGGCAGUCGGGUGGAGGAACUGCAUCACCACCAGGACGAGAUAAAGCAGAAGGCGCUCGCCCAGGAUGACGUUGCAGCGACGCCGACUGCGACGCAGAGCGGACCCACAGAGACUGGCACCAACACAUUCUACGACUUCUUUAAGGUGGAGAUGACUCGCGGCUAUAUGCUGGAGCACGAUGAAGAGCGCUAUUCGGCGCGGCGGCAGAAGAUCUACAGUUUCAUGCGCAUACCACGGGAUCUCGAGCGGUUCAUGGUUUACGGGAUCAUGCAGUGUGCCGACUCCUUCUUAUACAUCCACACUUUCCUGCCCGUCCGAUUUCUAAUGGCUAUUUGGGCCUUGGUUUCCAGGACUUUGGCGCGAAUUUUUCGUCUUCGCAGCACAGGACAACGGCUACUGUCGCCUGCGGAAAUCUGUGAUUUGCUCAAGGGCGUCAUCUGGAUGACAGUUACGCUUAUAAUGCUCCUGGUAGAUACAAAUCGGGUGUACCAUAUCAUCAAGUCGCAGUCAAUCAUUAAGCUGUACAUAUUCUACAAUAUGCUGGAGGUGGGCGACCGCCUCUUGUCCGCUUUUGGCCAGGAUACCAUUGAUGCUCUAUUUUGGACGGCCACUGAACCAAAAAAUUCCAAGCGGGAACACUUCGGAGUCCUUACACACGUUCUGUUUACAUUGAUCUAUGUGUUUUUGCACAGCGGACUGAUCAUGUUUCAGGCCACCUGUUUGAAUGUUGCCGUGAACUCCAACAACAAGGGCCUGCUGACCAUCAUGAUAUCGAAUAACUUUGUAGAGCUGAAGGGAUCCGUGUUUAAGAAGUUCGAUAAGAACAACCUGUUCCAGCUUACCUGCAGCGAUGUGCGGGAGCGCUUUCACCUAUCCGUGCUGCUGUUCAUUGUGGUAAUCCAGACUAUGAAGGAGUUCGACUGGAGCAUAACUCAGUUCUGUGUGAUGCUGCCCGACUGUUUCGCAGUGCUAUUUACAGAAAUCUUGAUUGAUUGGGUGAAGCAUGCGUUUAUUACGAGAUUCAAUGAGCUGCCAGAGAGCAUCUAUAGGGAGUACACUACUAGCCUGGCUUAUGAUAUGACCCAGACGCGACAGAAGCACGCGUUUUCGGAUCACUCGGACUUAGUGGCCCGGCGCAUGGGCUUUAUACCGUUUCCCCUGGCGGUGGUCUUGAUAAAAGCGAUCUACACAGCGGUUUCUUUCGAAAAUUUGGCCGCCUGGCUUCUCUUCUUGCUGGCCUAUUUCUUUGCUAUGGGCCUGCGAAUCUGCUUGACCAUCUGCGCGUUGGGUAAGGCCUGCAAACUAAUGAAGGAGCAUCAAACAGAGCGGAAUAGUUCAACGCCGAGCAGCAUGACCAAUGUGCCUUUCAUAGGAGCAGCUGCCCCUGUCUCAACGUCUUCGAUGGGCGGGCCGAAUCACAAUAAUAAUAAUAACAAUAGCAUUGGCUCGAAGCCAGCACAAGUGACCACGCUGUUGACCCCACCCAAUGCCGUCAAUCUCGAUGUAAGUCACAAUUUCUCCCGUGCCUCAAUCGCCUCCACGUCCACGCCAAAGAAGGCGGUCAGUGAGCAGGAGCUGGAUGUUACCAACUCCUUGGAACUGGGCGCCACAGCUCUCUUCUCCAACAGUGAUGUGGAUUUAGAUGAUGUUUGCCUCAACGAGCAAGUGACCAAUACCAACGCAGGCUCAGCCGUCCAGGAGGUUUACCAGGAGCAGGACCUGGUGCGCAGCCAGCCGGAUCUGAUGCUGCUGAACGAUUCCGCUGGCGGAGAGGCGAGCCUCAAAGUUAAGCAGACGACCCAGCGGCUGCCCAAGCGAACGCACAAGCGAUCCGAGUCGGAGCCUGGCAUUCCCAGUCUGGUAGAGAAGGGGGCAACUUCCGGACUCGCGGGCGGCAACCAAACGACACAGCUGUAGCCAUAAAUCGAUGCUAAUUUAUUUUUAUAUUUGAUUUUACCUUGUACGUAGUUGCGUCUUUGAUCUUUUGUAUAUCGCUUAGUUGCUCUUUUGUAAAUUUAAGUGAGAAAGGAUUUAAAAUGUAUUUUAGGUUAUAGCUCAAAAUAUGUUCUCUGUAGUAUAUCAAACUGUGCCUCAAAAUCCCUUUAGAUGGGGCUCCCUAAGAAAACUUUUUAAAUCCGUUUUUUGGGAGUCACACUAAAACCUACCAUUUUGGCUGUUAUUGAGCACUUGAAAAAAUAAAACAUGACAGAUUUUGUCUACAAAAUUGA